AUGGACUCCGCCGCUAACGACGCCGCCUCGGCAGUUCCGCCGUCUGUGGUCUCGGCUGCUGAGGAGACGCUCGCGGCUGCCGAAUCCGUAGGGGACCAUCUCUCCCAUGUGCUCGCGGCGGCGGCGGCGGACCCCGACGCCGUGGCCGAGCUCCCGCCCCUGCUCCGGGCGCGCGCUUUCCUCGCCGUGGCGCAGGCCGCCACGUCACUCCUCGGAGGCACUGCACCUUCCACGCUUCUCCUUCUCGUUGCACAAGCUUAG